AUGUCCAAUCUGCCCCAUAUAUCCAACUGGAUCGAUGGCACACACGCCAUCCCCUCGACGGAGCGACUGGAAGUGAUCGACCCGGCGACCGAAACCGUUCUCGCCACGGUCGACGCGACAUCACGCGAGACAGUCGACAGCAUCAUCCGCCAGUCGCAAAAAACAUUCCGCAAUGGGCCCUGGUCGCACGCCGACCCCUCUGACCGGUUCGCCGUGCUAUCUAAAGCGGCCGUUCUUCUGCGCUCGCGGAUUCCCGAAUUUGUCGAGCUGGAAACACAACAAACAGGCAGGCCCAUCCGCGAGAUGCGCGCCCAGCUCGCCCGGAUCCCGGAAUGGCUGGAAUACUUCGCCUCGCUGGCGCGCGUGCACCAAGGUCAAGUCACCCCUUUCAAGGGACCCGUGGUGAACACUCUGACCCGUCUACCUGUGGGCGUCGUCGCGCAGAUCACACCGUGGAACCAUCCGCUGUUGAUUGCGACCAAGAAGAUCGCUGCCGCUCUUGCAGCAGGGAACGUGGUCAUCGUGAAACCAUCGGAAAUGGCGCCCUUAUCGGUGCUGCGUCUCGGCUCGUUGUUCCAGGAAGCUGGACUGCCGGACGGCACGUUGCAGAUCGUGUGUGGCUACGGACGUGACACGGGCAAGUUCCUCUGCGAGAAUCCGACGUUGGCCAAAAUCGACUUGACCGGUGGGUUGGCCACGUAUAAGGCGAUCGCAUCAAAUGCGGCAGUGAAUAUGAUCCCUAUCACGGCCGAGCUGGGCGGCAAGGCUCCCGUGUGUCUGCUUCCCAGCUUGGAUGUCGAGCUGGCUGUCAAGGCGGCGCUGUUUGCCAGUUUCAUCGCGAGUGGUCAGACGUGCGUCACUGGGAGUAGAUUGCUGGUCCAUGUCGAUCUGUAUGACCGGUUUGUGGCAUUGUUGCAGAGGAGAGUCAAUGCGCUUCGUGUAGGUGAUCCGACCGACGUGCGUACGCAGAUCGGGGCGGUGAUAUCUCAAGGUUCGGUGGACAGAUGCGCCGCCUUCGUCGAGCGAGCCGUCAAGGAGGGCGGGAGGGUUCUUUGUGGUGGGCAGCCGACGCAUGUCAAUGGGAAAGGCUUCUUUUUCCAGCCGACCGUCAUCGAGACGCAUCCGGGCUCGGAUUUGUCGUGCAAUGAGGUCUUUGGGCCGGUGAUCGCCCUCAUCAAGUGCGAUUCUGAAGAGCAGAUAAUCAGUGUUGCCAACGACAGCCAGUUUGCAUUGGGCGCUUCCGUCUGGUCGAACGAUUUCGCUCAGGCCCAUCGGGUGGCGGACAAGAUUGAGGCAGGGAUCGUCUGGAUCAACGGUCAUCAUCUCAACGAUCCGUCGUCUCCUUGGGGCGGGUUUAAGGAAAGUGGCAUGGGCAAGGAGAACGGAUUGGAAGCCUUCGAAAGCUAUACCAAGGUCAAGAGCACGAUUAUCAACUAUGGCAUCCAGCCUACUUGGUUCGACGACGAGAUUGAGAAUGCACGAUACGGUUGA